AUGGACUGGGAUCUGCAAGCUAUUGUGGGAUGCAUCAGUGAGGCCCCAGCCACCACCAUGGACACCCCACAUCUUAGUUUUUCUCAUUUCUGUUGUGAACAAGGUGACCUACUUUGCAAUUUUCAGGAAUUCUCAGAAACCACAACGGUCGUCGAUGAAUUGGAAGAGUUAUACAAACCUCUUUCCAUCUCUACAAUUUCCCUCCCUAUCCCUGAAGAAACCGAAGAAGUCAAAGUACCAUCAAACAAAGUAGCUGUACAAGAUUUGCGAGAUCCAGCAGCAUCUAAAUGUUGUAAAAGAAGUGAUAAAUUCAGCAAGAAGAACAAGAGGGUGAAGUAUGUGACAGCAGCAGAUGGUGUUUCCGACCCAUGGGCAUGGCGUAAAUAUGGACAGAAACCAAUAAAGGGAUCUCCCUAUCCACGUAGCUAUUAUAGGUGUAGCAGCUACAAAGGAUGUUUGGCUAGGAAACUGGUGGAACGGAGCCAUUUGGAUCCUGAAGUUUUCAUAGUUACCUACACAGCAGAACAUAGUCAUCCUCACCCAACUCGCAAAAACCCACGAGCAGGGAACAAACAGAAGAAAAACAGUUCGAUAAUUGCACCUCCAAGCACUCAUGAUCAAAACACUUUUACUCCUAAUUCCACAGCAGUACUUCUCUUUCCAAGGACUUCACCUGUAGUGGUGGAGUCCAUUGAAGAAGUGCUUGAACAGAGUAAGGUGUUGAAGAAAGAGGAAGAUUUUGUGGAUGGUGAUGGUUGGUUUCCAAGCAUCGAGCUAGCUAGAGAAACUAAAUGGACUUGA